AAUACUGCUAACCAUUGACUAUGACAUAAUAAUAAUGAUGGUAUAUUAUUAUUUCUUCAACUAUGAAUAAUUUGACCUUGUCUGGGUUCAUUUAAACGUUUCGUUUCGUAUAAAUGAGAUAUCAUUUUCUUCAGAGGAAGUCACAAGCGAGUCGAACCAGCAAAAGUUCAGUUAUUAGAAAACAAAAAUAAAAUUUUACUUAAGUAAUACUAAUUCAUAGUCCAAUUAUUCUCAAAAAUGGUGACAGGAGAAAAAAUUAGCGUCCGGACUCCACUGAUAUACAGCCAACCGUUGUCCGAUAUCGCUGGCCGAGACGUGUAUCUAAAGCUCGAAAAUACGCAGCCCUCUGGUUCUUUUAAGCUGAGAGGAUUAUCUCAUCUUUGCAAAGAGAAAUACGCUGAAGGAUGUACAAAACUGAUUGGUUCGUCUGGAGGUAAUGCGGGUCUAGCUCUGGCGUAUGCUGCUAACAAGUUGGGAGUCCCUUGUCAAAUUUUUGUCCCCACGUAUGUGGUUCCAAGAAUGCUCAAAAAAAUUCAAGCUUAUGGUGCAGAAGUUACGAUCGGAGGAAUUGACUGGCAAGAAGCAAAUGACCAAGCUAUGGCUGAGCUGAAGAAAGAUCCCAAUUUCGCAAUUAUUCCGCCGUUUGACCAUCCCAGCAUUUGGGAAGGAAAUUCAACAAUGAUAAGUGAAAUCAAAGAAGAUCUGAAAGGACGUCGGCCUGGAUGUGUUGCAGUGUCUGUCGGUGGCGGGGGCUUGCUAAUGGGCGUUUUGACUGGACUAGAAAGAGAAGGAUGGAAAGAUGUUCCAGUUCUAGCGUUAGAAACUGUUGGAGCAGAAUGUUUUAAUUUGUCGGUCAAGGCGAAUAAAUUAGUGGAAAUCACAUUAACCAGCAUUGCUAAAACACUAGGAGCUCGAUCCGUUACGCCUCAGUUGCUAGAAAAGUACAAAGACUUCAAUGUAAUCUCUGAAGUCCUUCCAGACAAAGAUGCAGUUCAUGGAUGCGUUCGAUUUGCAGAUGACCAUCAAAUGUUAGUGGAACCAUCGUGCGGCGUGACAAUGGCUGCAGUUUAUUCGAAACUACUUCCGAGCGUCUUGAAUAAGUAUGGUUACGACUCAAGUUCUGGUCCACUGGUAUUGGUGAUCUGCGGAGGGAGUGACAUUUCACAAGAUAUUUUGCAGAAUUUCAUAAACACAUUUGGAAUGCCAUGUAACGAUGUAGAGUAAUUUCUGUAAUGUAGACGAUUCAUAGCUUAUUGAUGUUUAUUGACUCAUCAGAUAAUCCCAUAUAGCAUGUCCAUUAUUGAAAAAUCUAUACAUACAAAUUAAUUUACGACUACCAUUGAUAAUAUAUUAAUAUUAUUGGAUACUAAUCAAACGUUUAACAAAAGUGACAAGCAUAUUAACGAAGCAAUUUUGCUUCACGCUUUUCUUUAAUCUCCUGUAAUUGUUGUAUUACGACUAGCUUCCUUUCUUCAAGAAAUUCUGCAUACUCCUUUGGAUCGAGGGAUCGAACGACCUUCACAAUAAAUAAAAUCACUAUAAAUAACUUCAAAUUAGUUUUUCAUCCUAAUCGGAAGGGGUAUAAUCCUGCAUACCUGUAUUCCACAAGUGUGGGCAGUUGAAAUUACAUUAUUACAAAUCCUUUCCAAAGGCAAAAACCUCAAUGUCGGAUCUUGUUGUUUAAUUUUGGCAAUUUCAUAAAUGUGCUUUAGGGUCAAUUUACCGCAUAUUUCGUGACCUAAUAAAAUAUAAUCAUUGUACACUA